AUGAAGCUCACCAACAAAAAUGUGAUUCGGUUUCACCUCCAAGCUCUUUAUGGGAUAUCUGUGAAGAAUUUAGAGGAGAAAAAGGAGCGACAAGUCUUUAGUGGUGCAAAGAUUUUUGGUGUCCCUCUGGAAAAUUUGUCCAGAUGUUACAUUCCUGAAUUAGGACUCGUGCCCUGCUUCUUAGUGGAUGCCUGCUCGUUUCUGCUGGAGCGUGUUGGGACUGUCGGCCUGUUCAGGAAACCAGGUUCUCUUCAUCGCAUCAAGAUCCUCAGAGCCAAACUGAACCGUGGAGAGGGCUGCCUGUCCACAUCCUUCCCCUACGACAUCGCCACCCUCGUCAAACAGUUUUGCAGGGAGCUUCCAGAGCCGCUGAUCCCCUCUGAACUCCAUGCAGCUCUGCUCAAAGCCCAAGAACUGUCCAACCAGCGGGACAGGACGUCAGCCUUCCAGCUACUGUCCUGUCUUCUUCCAGCAAGAAAUUCCUCCUGUCUACAGUACCUAUUCAACUUCCUAUGCAAAGUUUCUAAGAGAUGCACUGACAACCUGAUGACCAGUUCCAAUCUGGCUACAGUUUUUGCACCUUGUCUUUUACCCCCUCCAAACAAGGCAGAAAUGUCUGAAGAAAGAAUCGAACUCAGAGUUCUUGUGCUGCAGAAUUUCAUUGAGAACCCCCAUUCAUUUGGUUUGAUUUCCAAGGACGUAAUGGACAGCAUAGAAUUUCUUAUGAACUUUCCUUUUCCGAAAGACACAAAGAAGGCAAACCAAAAGAGACACAGCUUAAAAGCGAUUCGAUUUGUGAAGACUGGGCCCUGGAUUCAUAAGCCGAAGGUCAAGCGUGGAGUUUCUGAGCCGAGCUUUGAGACCCCGCCUGGAGCUAGACAGAAGCUGAGGAGAAGCCUCGGCCUUGAGAGCUUCCCCAACAUCCAGCUGUUCAGGACCUGCGUGUCUCAUACAGGGAUGGAUUUCAAGUCUGCAGAUGAGUUGUGCAAGAAUCCUUCCCUUUCUGCCUUGGACAAAAUGCAACCUGCAAACUGGAGAAGACGCUCUUCACCUUAACAUGUUGUGCUGUUUUUUUUGUUUUGUUUUUUG